AUGUUCCCCCAACCAAGCUUCUAUAACCCCUUCGGCCAGCCAUCGUUCACCGAUCGCCAAAUCCCGAGCCACCCGAGACCCGAUCACGACCCUCCAUUCCCCUUCACCUUCCCGCCCUUUCUCGACGAUCACGAUCUUCCCCUCAACCAAAUACUUCUCCACAACCACCACGAAAAAGCGAUCCCUCCUCCCCCAAAGACGGAAGAAACGGCUUCCGGCCGUCAUCUGCCGAAAUCCGGCGAACGGCCGCCGGUUAGGAGGCCGAGGAACUGUCUCGGAGCUGUGCCGAGGCGGAGGGCCGGUAAGAAGGAUCGCCACAGCAAGAUCCGCACGGCCCAAGGGAUCCGUGACCGUCGGAUGAGGCUAUCCCUCCAGGUGGCGCGCAAGUUUUUCGAUCUCCAAGACAUGUUGGGCUUCGACAAGGCUAGCAAGACAAUCGAGUGGCUCUUCACCAAGUCGAAAAGGGCGAUAGACGAGCUUGCCGGUGAAAACCGGCAUCUCUAUAAUAAUAAUAAUAAUAAUAAUAAUAAUAAUAAUAAUAAUAAUAAUAAUAUGUCGGGUAGUGAUGUGAAGAGCGAGUCGUUGGCUUCUGAGUGUGAGGUUGUGUCAGGAUUGGUUGAGGAGAAUCAUGUGCCGUCAUUUAAACCGGAUUCGAGAUCCGAUUUGAGGGAGAAGGCACGGGAGAGGGCUAGGUUCCGGACGAGGGAGAAGAUGAUGGUCAAAAUGCUCGGGGACGAUUUUGUCGAAAAGUCAAACCCUAGCAAAAACAAUGAAGAUGUUGAGAAACUAGGGUUUUUGAAUGGCCUGAUGUUUGAGGGUGGUGAUCGGGACUCGAAUAUCGAUAAUCCGGAUAGGGUUUGCUUGUAUGGGAAUUUUGGUAACUCGGUCGAGGAUGUGGGGACAAUCGAGAAGUUUCUCGGGAGCUCGUCGAGCUCGCAUGCAUCUUACCCUAAUUAUUUCGACGGUGUCAACAAAUCGUUUUCGGGGUAUUUGGAACCAAAUAGUUAUAAUUUCAUGGGAUUUUUUGGGAAUUGGGAUAUGCUGAGUAAUGAAAGUACAAAUUUGACUCCAUAUGGUAUCCCGAACGAUGCUUCGUUGAGAGGAAACCCUAGCUCGAUUUACUCGGCAACGACUCCGUGA